AUGCCUCGUUUUUUCCCAUCUCUCAAACAGGGUUUGAGAAACCUUGCUACUGCGGUAGAGACGGAAUCUACAGUAGCAGUCAAAGCCAGUCAGUUCAAGAGACCUCGUCAAUCCGUACAAAGCAGAAUCUUGGAGUACACUCGUGAAGCGAUUAAAACUGAGAAACCACAUUUUAAAGUUGGUGGUGCAGAGCUCUAUUUUCCUAAAGCGAGAGUUAUUCUACUAAGACCAAAUGCUAAACACACUCCAUAUCAAGCGAAAUUCAUCGUUCCUAAAUCGUUUAACAAAUUAGAUUUAAGAGAUUAUUUAUUCCACCUUUAUGGUUUAAGAGCGUUGAACGUUACUACACAGUUAUUGCAUGCCAGAUACACUCGUGCUACGCCGGUGUCGCCCAGGUACCGUGGUCCUCAAAUCAAGAAGAUGACUAUCGAUAUGGCAGAACCAUUUAUCUGGCCUGCAGAACCUGAGGACAAGAGUGCAUGGAAUACUGAGUUCCAAAAGGAAUUGGAAAAAUACAGAAACGAUAGGAUGAGACUAGGAUCCGACGCUAACAAACCUUCAAAGGCAUUCGAUGGUGUAUUGGGACCAUACCAGGAAACUGCAAAACCUUUCAUUCCUAGAUUCCUUAAAAGAAGACUAGUGAAUAAGAAGGCUAGAGAGGCAAAGAAGGAACAAUAUUUGGAGCAAAUCAAGAAGGUCAGUGAAGUCCUUGCUAAAAGCACAUGA